UAAAACGAGGGAAUCUUACACUUUGUAGUAUAAUUUUGCAAAGUCGUCGCCUGCAGAGUCCAAUAGGAAAUAGCUCUCUCUCUACCUCUCCGCCCUUUCCUCGUUGUCUCCCACUGUUAGCUAUUCAGAAGCUUUCUCACUUAUUUAUGGCGGCCGCACUGAACACAGUUUCUUCCGUUUCUUUAUCAAAUGUCAACUGCAACCGACUUCGAACCCGUCCCCAUUUUUUACGGGCUUCUGUGUCAUUCACCAGGCGGAGACUUGCGAUCAGAGCAGCGGAGACCGAUUCCGACGAAGCUAAAUCUCAGACGCCAGAGAAGGCGCCUGCUGCUGGAGGUUCCAGUUUCAACCAGCUUCUAGGCAUUAAAGGAGCGGCGCAAGAAAGUACUAAAUGGAAGAUACGACUUCAGCUUACAAAGCCUGUUACAUGGCCUCCACUGGUAUGGGGAGUGGUUUGCGGAGCUGCUGCUUCUGGAAAUUUUCACUGGAAUUUGGAGGAUGUUGUCAAAUCAAUUGUAUGCAUGAUGAUGUCUGGCCCAUGUCUAACUGGCUAUACACAGACACUCAAUGAUUGGUAUGACCGAGAAGUCGAUGCAAUAAAUGAACCUUAUCGUCCAAUUCCUUCAGGAGCAAUAUCUGAGAACGAGGUCAUUACACAAAUUUGGUUGUUGCUUUUGGGAGGACUUGGCCUGGCUGGUCUAUUAGACGUGUGGGCCGGGCAUGACUUCCCCAUAAUUUUUUACCUAGCUGUUGGUGGAUCCUUGGUAUCGUACAUAUACUCUGCUCCACCUUUAAAGUUGAAACAAAAUGGAUGGAUUGGAAAUUUUGCCCUUGGAGCAAGUUACAUCGGUUUGCCAUGGUGGGCUGGUCAAGCUCUAUUCGGGACGCUUACACCAGACAUAAUUGUUCUGACUCUACUCUAUAGCAUAGCUGGGUUGGGUAUUGCCAUUGUCAAUGAUUUCAAAAGUAUUGAAGGAGACAGAGCACUGGGACUUCAGUCACUUCCAGUUGCUUUUGGAGCAGAAACUGCUAAAUGGAUUUGUGUUGGCGCUAUUGACAUAACUCAGAUCUCUGUCGCUGGUUAUCUGCUAGGGGCUGGUAAACCAUACCAUGCCUUAGCCUUACUUACUUUGAUAAUACCUCAAGUCGUUUUUCAGUUUCAGUAUUUUCUCAAGGACCCUGUUAAGUAUGAUGUUAAAUAUCAGGCAAGCGCCCAGCCAUUUCUCGUGCUUGGUCUUUUGGUGACUGCUUUUGCAACCAGCCAUUGAUUUUAUCAGGAGCCGCUGACCAAACGCCGCUGUGGAGAGAGGAGACAAGUGCAGGAACAAAAGCCCGCUGAACAGUUAGUAAGGUGCACAAACUAGAAGGCUGAGUUGCUAAUCAUGUUGGUCCUGAUUAAACUAAGCGAGGGUUCCCCUUUUUCUUUGCCUUGAGAGGGCUCAAAAGUAGACAUCCUUGGAGAAAAGCAGUUGCUGUAAAUUUUAUGCUAUACCGUUGUGUUCUUUUUUGUUGAUAUCCCUGCUAGCAUUGUGCUGGAUAUGGCUUUUCAUUCUGGAUUCGAUUCCAUUUAGCAUUGCUUCUUUAUAAUUUGGAUUUUUCAGUUGCUA